ACUUGAAACCUCCUUUUGCAAGCUGUAAUCGAACGGGAAGCACUUUUGGACUCAUCUCAUUCUCUCCCUCGUACUCUCUCUCUCUCUCCACAACACCACGCUUUCUCUCUCUAGAACUCUCUGUUCUUCUUCUCGUUCCCCGUAUGAGCCAUCUCCCAAUGUCACCAUGAUCUAGAGACGCCUCGCUCUGUUGCUUGCUCCACGCGUCUCUCACUCUCUCUCUCUCUCUCUCUCUUCCUCUGAAGCAGUUGGUUUAUCUGAAUCCACACGAGCUCUCUUCCUCUUUCUCUGUGGCUUGUGUGUCUCUCCCACUAGGACAAGAAUGAGACUAAAUUCCUAGCUCCUUUUAGCGUUUCCCCUUCUGGGACUCGGCUAAAUCUUGCAAAAAUAGGAAAAGCUCCAAUCUUUAGCUCAUCGAAUCAAAUUGUACGAGGUGGGUGUUUCCUAGAUCAAGUUUGACGUUUCCUAGAUCAAGUUUGACGGAGACCAAGACCAACAAUGGCACCCUCAUUUGAUUGGUGGGCGAACGAGGGCCACAAGGGCACUCCCGUCGUCGUCAAGAUGGAGAACCCCAAUUGGUCCAUGGUGGAGCUCGAGUCGCCGUCCGAGGAGGACUUCCUCAUCGGCGGCGACUCCACACCGUCGAGCCGGUCCCACGACAAAGCCCGGAACAAGAACGCCAAGCAGCUUACUUGGGUCCUCCUCCUCAAGGCCCACAAAGCCGCCGGCUGCCUCACCUCCAUUGCCACUGCAACGUUCACUCUCGCCUCCGCUGUGCGGCGCCGUGUCGCCUCCGGAAGGACUGACGCUGAUGCCGACGAUGCCGCGACCGACAAUUCUCGCGGUGGCAGAGAGAAGGAGAACACCACUGUGAAGUCCAGGAUCUACGCGUGUAUAAAAGUGUUCCUUUGGUUGUCGGUUUUGUUGCUAGGAUUCGAGGUUGCUGCGUACUUUAAGGGUUGGCAUUUCGGAGCUCCAGAAUUGCAAUACCUGUUAGCUACACCUUUAGGGGUUAAGGGUGCCUUCAAUUCCUUGUAUUCGAGGUGGGUUUUGAUUCGGGUGGAGUAUCUCGCUCCACCGUUGCAGUUCUUGGCCAAUGUGUGCAUUGUGCUGUUCCUUAUCCAGAGCAUGGAUAGGCUAGUUCUGUGCCUAGGGUGUUUCUGGAUCAAGUUCAAGAAGAUCAAGCCCGUUCCCAAGGAGUACGGAGCUGCGGUCGAUCCUGAAUCAGGCGAGAACGGGUUCUUCCCCAUGGUUCUUGUUCAAAUUCCCAUGUGCAACGAGAAAGAGGUGUAUCAACAAUCAAUAGCUGCUGUGUGUAACUUGGAUUGGCCGAAAUCGAGGUUGCUAAUUCAAGUUCUUGAUGAUUCGGACGAUCCCACCACGCAAUCUUUGAUUAAAGAGGAGGUGCAAAAAUGGCAGCAGGAAGGAGCCAACAUUCUGUACAGGCAUAGGGUAAUUAGAGAUGGGUACAAGGCUGGUAACCUCAAGUCUGCCAUGAACUGUAGCUAUGUGAAGGAUUACGAGUUUGUGGCCAUUUUCGAUGCUGACUUUCAGCCCACUCCUGACUUUUUGAAGAGGACGGUUCCUCACUUCAAGGAUAAUGAAGAGGUGGCACUAGUUCAGGCAAGAUGGUCCUUUGUCAACAAGGACGAAAACUUGCUUACACGGUUGCAGAACAUCAAUUUGGCUUUCCACUUCGAGGUGGAGCAGCAAGUAAAUGGCAUUUUCAUCAAUUUUUUCGGGUUCAAUGGGACUGCUGGUGUUUGGAGGAUAAAGGCCCUAGAGGAUGCUGGUGGUUGGUUGGAGAGAACCACGGUGGAAGACAUGGAUAUUGCUGUCCGUGCUCACCUUCGAGGCUGGAAAUUUGUUUUCCUGAAUGAUGUUGAGUGCCAGUGUGAGUUGCCAGAAUCAUAUGAAGCUUACAGGAAGCAACAACACAGAUGGCAUUCUGGCCCAAUGCAGUUGUUUAGGCUGUGCUUGCUCGACGUUAUUCGAUCCAAGAUCAGCUUAUGGAAGAAGUUUAAUAUGAUCUUUCUGUUUUUUCUGCUACGGAAACUCAUAUUGCCUUUUUACUCCUUCACCCUCUUCUGUAUCAUCCUUCCUAUGACUAUGUUUGUUCCCGAGGCUGAGCUGCCUGCUUGGGUCGUAUGUUACAUUCCAGCCACCAUGUCCUUUCUCAACAUUCUUCCUGCUCCGAAAUCCUUCCCGUUCAUAGUACCUUACCUCCUCUUCGAGAACACCAUGUCCGUCACUAAGUUCAAUGCGAUGAUAUCUGGACUGUUUCAGUUAGGAAGCGCUUAUGAGUGGGUGGUGACCAAAAAAUCUGGUCGGUCUUCUGAGGGUGACCUUGUGGCUUUAAUUGAUAAGGAGCCAAAGCACCAAAGAGGCGUUUCAGUUCCUGAUCUUGAGGAAAUGAAAGAGGAAAUCCAAAAGCAGGAGAAAUUAGCCUCUCGGAAGAAGAAGCAUAAUAGGAUUUAUGUGAAAGAGCUUUCUUUGGCAUUUCUUCUUCUCACAGCAUCGGCAAGGAGUUUAUUGUCGGCUCAGGGCAUACACUUCUACUUUUUGCUGUUUCAGGGGAUUUCUUUCUUGCUGGUGGGUCUGGACUUGAUCGGCGAGCAGGUCGAGUAAGUCGAGCUCUCGAGUUGACAACUCGGGUAAUAUUUUGUGAAUGUAGAAGCCAGAGAAUGGGUGGACGGGGCACGCAAAUAAUAAUACUGUACACCGAGCAGAGGAAUCUUUAGAAGUUGUAGAGUAAUGGGGUGGUGCUUUUCUUGUCCUUAGGUUCCACCCUCUGUAUAAACUUAAGUGUGCAGUUCCACCCAAAUACAAAAAAAGGAAAGAACCUUAAAUUGGACAGAAACAGGAAUUGCCAUCUUGGAGAGAUGAUAUCGUUAGCGACGGGGAUGCUUUCUACUGUCCUGAUGCUUUUUAGUCUGCUUUCUCUAUUUAAUUUUUUUUUUCAUUCUUUUGUUUUUGAGUCAAUUCUUUUGUAAGAAAUACUCUGCUUCAAAACACUCAGAAAGUGAGGUUACAGUUGAAGCAGAUCACUUCUUCUUGCA